AUGGAGAACCUUAAAAAUAUAUGGAAACCUGAACUAUAUCGUAUUCAAAUGGAAGCACCAGUCCCUAAACGUAUAACUUGUGAGGCGUGCUCUGACAGACCAGAGUUCUAUGGUAAAGAGUAUCAUGGAAUAAUGGGCCACAAGGAAGCUACGUUAAUUUUGGAGGACGAACCUAACGGUGCUUUCCUGAUAAGAAAAGGCAAUGAAUUCAACGAUUUCUAUACAUUAACUUGGAGAUUUAACAAUAAAAUACAUCAUUAUAAAUUAUAUUAUGAUGGCACUCACUACAUUAAAGACAAAAGGUAUGACAGCAUUUAUGACCUAGUAGCAGAUGGUCUCAUCACAUGCCACAUGGAACUUAAAGCACAUCACAUACUGGAAAUGAUAAAUUCUCGAACAAAUUAUACAGAGAGCCCAUAUGUUACACUUAACAGGAGGAAGUUAAAUACACUCACAAAAAAUUACCAGGAAUCAAAUCGAGCAAGUCCUAUUAAUAUAAGUGAAGGUAAAAUACUAGAAAUAGCAUCAGACUUAGGUAAAGUGAACUUUGAUCUCACACCCGCAAUAGAAGAUAGCCCUCUUCUAUAUAAAUAUUUAAAACCACAUAGCUUCAAAGUGCAUACUUUCAAGGGAUUGAAUUGGUGUGAAUUAUGUGCUAACUUCUUAUGGGGUUUUACGGCACAAGGUGUUAAAUGUGAAGAUUGUGGAUUCAUAGCACAUUCAAAGUGUUCUGAAAAUGUACCAAACCAUUGCUUGCCAGAUUUGAAAAAGUUAAGAGGAGUAUUUGGUAUAGAUUUAACAACAUUGUUGAAUGCACAUUCAAGCACUCUACCAUUUGUUGUAAGGAAAUGUGUAAAUGAAAUAGAAGCGAGAGGGAUGGAUUCUGAAGGCAUCUACAGGGUUUCCGGGUUCGCUGAUGAGAUUGAAGCAUUGAAGAUGGCUUUUGAUAAAGAUGGUGAAGCGACAGACUUAAGUGUGUAUAGCAACAUCAAUGUGAUAGCGGGAACAUUGAAAUUGUAUCUGCGGCUAUUACCUGUCCCGCUAAUAACUUUUGAAGUUCACCCAAAAUUAGUCAAUGCUAUUCAGACAAAAACAACAGCUCUUCAAGUGUCCAUGUUGCGUGAGUGUCUCGACUCGCUGCCUCCGGCUCACUUCAACUGCUUACAGUACAUGGUGCAACAUUUACACAGGGUAUCUCAGCGAGCUGAUGAAAACAAAAUGUCAGCUCAUAACCUCAGCACUGUUUUCGCGCCAACUCUGGUGGCGACGCCGCCCGCCAUAACAGAUUUAGCGUUCGAAAUCCGCGCACUUCAAGUACUUAUUGAAUUUUGCCCACAGAUUUAUUAUGGCAAUCAA